AUGGAUACUAGUCAGCAGUUCGACUACAUCAUUGUUGGUGGCGGCACGGCCGGUUGUGUUUUGGCUUCACGACUGAAACAAGACAACCCCUCUUUGUCAAUUCUGCUUAUCGAGGCAGGCCCCGAUGCCAGCAGCCACCCACUUGUGCCAGAUGGAAGUAAGGCCACUCAGCUACUUGGGUCUGAGCUUGACUGGAGCUACAAGACGGUGCCGCAGAAGCAUCUCGACGAUCGCGUACUUUCGAACCAUGCGGGGAAGGCACUGGGUGGUAGUACUGCAAUAAACAGUGGUGGAUGGAUGCGAGGAGCAAGGGAAGAUUAUGACCUCUGGGCCAGCCUAGUUGGCGACCGUCAAUGGAGCUACCAAGGCCUCUUGCCCUAUUUUCGGAAGCUUGAGAGCCAUUUCGACUCUCAUGCCGACCCCGAAAUUCAUGGCUUCAAGGGCCCCAUCAAAACCGAAUCUGUGUCGUAUACCGGCCGCAAAUAUCCUCUUCGCCAACCGGUGCAAGCGGCUUGGAAUGCUGUCGGUGUGACUUACAACCCUGAUAUCAAUUCUGGCAAUCCAUACGGGCUAGUCGAAGUGGUUGAGAAUCGCGUUGGUGGGAUACGGCAGAUGUCGAGCACAGUCUAUCCGCUAGAUGUGAUAAUCAUGACGGAGACUUUUGUCAAACGAGUGCUGGUGGAAGAAAGACAUGGCAGAAAAAUUGCAAUUGGCGUGGAGUUGGAAGAUGACGGCCAGAGCCGGAUCAUUACACGUCGGGAAGUCAUAGUCUCCGCGGGUGCAUACCGAACUCCACAGCUCAUGAUGCUCUCGGGGAUAGGUCCAUCGGAGGAGUUGCGAACUCGUGGAAUCGACGUUGUCCUUGAUCUUCCAGAUGUGGGCCGUCACUUUCUAGACCAUGUAGCAGUUCCGCAGUGGUGGAAGCUGAGGCAUCCAGAAAAAGGGCUUGCGAUCGGAUCACCCACGCUCAGAGACCCGGCCUGCUUCCGAGGAAAUCCUAUUGACUUUGUAGUCUUGGAGUCAGUUCCGCUUGAAGGACUUCGUCAAGCCUUGGCUAAGGAUGCACCCAAUCGCAACCCUGAUGAGCACCCCCUUAUCUCCUCUCAACGCGUUCAUACGGAGACUGUCACCGUUUACGUGGCACAAAACCCUCAGAACCCCAUGAUCGCUGUGGAUGGUACACAUAUCACAACAUUUAUGUGCUGUAUGCUCCCAACCUCCCGAGGCAGCAUCAAGUUGGCAGAUCGAGACAUCCGAAGCGCACCUCACAUUGAUCCUAACUAUUGUGCUACCGAGACUGACCGAUACGUACUACGUGAUGGACUGCGAAAGCUGCGGGAAGCUUUGCGCGACACCACAGCCGGGCAAGGAAUAAUUGACUCGGAAACAGUCGAAGAGAACUUUCAGCCAUUGGGUCCAAAUACGGAUGAUCAAGCCAUCGAUAAUCUCAUCCGCCGUCGAGCCAUGACACUAUACCACCCUGCAGGCAGUACGUCUAUGGGCAAAGUAGUUGACGGUGAUUUGCGUGUAAAGGGGAUUGAUGGGUUGCGAAUUGUUGACGCGAGCGUAAUCCCAACUCCGCUAAGCACGCAUAUACAGGCUUGUGUAUACGCAUUGGCUGAGCAAGCCGCAGACAUAAUCUCGGGAACUUGCAGUGUUUUACCCUGA